GUGACAACCGCAUAAGUAGUUACGAUUAGAAUACUAAGCGGACUACCACCUUGGCGUAGUCUGGUGCUUCUUCACUAGCGUGAACGGUAGGUUAUAGUUGUGCUGAGGGUUUAUUUGCUUGCAAAAGUUAUAUGUGCAUAUGCAUAGAGUUCUGCUUGAAUUGCUUGUUGUAUCUGUUGUCUUCUGAGACGACAGUGGGAUCGGUCUACUCGAAUAACUUUGUCUGUCUUACUAUGGGGAUCAGAUUUGGUGUGCCAGUAAUGAAUUACCAUUCGGUGUACAGAGAAAAGUAGGAACUUACUGGCUGUGAUGUGCAACUUUCCUUUUAAUCUGUUAGAUUAUCAACUAAGUCGUACAGUGGACACCUAAAAUUAAGGUUUUAGUCUAAACAAAAACUAUACCUGCUCAGGCUUGACAUGAGCUAAUAUGAUCAAUGGAGUACUCAAUCACUUUUAGAAGUGGGGGUCGUGGAUGGUUAUUUAGGACAUGGACUGGAAAUGCUUUUAAACUUUAAUUACGUUACCUCGUUAAUAUUACUAGACAGUGGCCUGAAGUUAGAAUUCUAAAGUCUAAAAAUAAAAGAUUGGAGCUAAGUUUGCGGAAAACAAAAAAAAAGCACAUUAGGAGUUAUUUAAAGCUGAAAGGAGCUCUGCAUUAAAGGCCACAUGUUCGCCUUUAGAAAAAAGUAUGUGUUAACGUAAGUAAGAAUGAAAAAUUCAGAAGGCUUUGAGGGCACUCAUACUUCUCUGGCUGAGUUUCUUCAAGAGUUUUUUAAAUUUUAUGGAAGUCCCUCUUCCGUAUUUAAGAUGAUUGAACUUCCUUCUUUAGCUAGGCCACCUUAUCCAAUUCCUUGCUUAAAGUCUCAGGAUGUAAUACUUGCUGAAAAAUUUAGAGAUUCUUGUGUAACUAAAGGCAUUAUCAGUUAUAUUGCCGGCUUUGGUCUAGGCGCUCUAUUUGGUCUUUUAAUGGAUGGUUCACAAGUCGUGGACGAGAAGACGUCCUUUAAGAAAAUUUUUAAGGAUAGCUUGUAUAAAAGUUUAUCUACAGGGAGAAAUUUUGCAGCUUUUGGUUUCGCUUUUGCCAUAUCUGAGUGUUGCAUAGAGUCGUACCGAGGAUCAACAGACAAGUUAAAUCCCAUCCUUGCUGGCUGUGCUACUGGUGGUGCGGUGGGCUUUCGGGUUAAUGCAAAAGCUGGCGCUUUUGGCUGUGCUUCGGUUGCCGCUUUUACUUCUUUGUUUGGUCAUAGGUUCCGUUCCCACCGGGGCGGCGCUCUUUUUCAGUCUUUCAUGGCCGCAUAUUAACUUCGCUCUUUC